AUGUUUAUCAGCAGCUUUAACAACGGCAACCGCGCUUGUAACUGGACCAACCUCGAGAAUCUCGGUAGACUUCAGGCAAGCAUCCAAGGACGAGCGCUGGAACGUGUGCAGACCAGUCUGCUGUACCCGGAAUCUGUCCCAAGGGUAAUCGAGACGCUCAGACUGCUCUACGGCAGGCCGGAACAACUUCUCCACUGCUUGAUGCAAAAGGCUCGGAAGGCGGAGUCCCCACGAAUGGAUCGCCUUUACACAUUCAUUAAUUUCGGGGUAGUCGUGCAACAACUGUGCGACCAUCUGGUGGCCUCGGGAAUGGUGGAUCACUUAGUCAACCCAAUGCUCAUCGCGGAACUGGUGGAAAAGUUACCCGAUCCGACCAAGGUUGAGUGGGUGCGGUACAAGCGUCAGUUCGCUGCGGUGAACUUAAGCACAUUUGCCGACUUUCUCUCUGAAAGGGUCUCCGAAGCGACGGAGGCCACAGCCUACUCCGAACCACAGGAGGAGCGACGCCCGAUCCGAGAGCGCCAUGAAAAGAAACCGAAAGGCAGAGACGAGGGAUUCUUAAACACACACCUAGAUGCCGAGCAGCUGUCGAAGCAGAGCAGGGGUGAUGAUUAUGGAGGUCGCAGACCAUGCCGCGCGUGCAAUCGAACCGAUCACCGCAUUCGGUUCUGCGAUGAUUUCCUUAAGCUGGCUUGGGAAGCUCGAAUGAAUAUUGCCGAGGAGUGGAAUUUAUGUCAGCUGUGUCUAAACGAGCACGGACAAACGCGCUGCCGUUUCAAGGGUCACUGCAAUGUUGGAAGUUGCAAAGAACGUCACCACCCCCUUCUACACCCGCCGGGUCCACCGGCACCACUUUCGACGGACUGUCACGUGCACAGUUCAGAGCAACACCCCGUGAUCUUCCGCGUUGUCCCGAUCAAGAUCUACCACGACGGUCGCACAUUUGAUGUCGUCGCCUUCCUUGACGAAGGUUCAUCUUUCUCCUUGAUGGACAGCAGCGUUGCGGAUCAAAUGAAGCUAAAAGGAACCAGGAAGCCGAUACUCGUCAAGUGGACAGCUGGUAUGAGUCGGAUGGAGCGAGAUUCAAGGUCGGUGGAUGUGUCGGUUUCCGCGGCGGAUUCUCGAAACCGUUUUCUGCUGCGUAACGUGCACACGGUACAACAUCUGCAGCUACCAGAACAAAGGGUGCAGUAUUCAGAAGUAGCCGCUCGCUUCAAACAUCUGCGUGGUCUUCCCCUGGCCGACUAUGCAAAUGGUACUCCGCAAAUUUUGAUCGGCCUCAAGCAUCUACACGUGUACGCUCCACUUGAGUCGCGCAUUGGCAAUCCAGGAGAGCCAAUAGCUGUUCGGACACAACUCGGUUGGACAAUCUACGGCCCUCAAGCUGGCGACGACGUAGUGUCCGGGUAUACCGGCCACCACGCUGCCGGUAACCUGUCGGACCAUGACCUACAAGAACUACUGCGUAGACAUUUCACCCUAGAAGACUCCGGACUGGCCGUCGCAGCGCUUCCCGAAUCAACAGAGGACUGCAGAGCGCGAGACCUGUUGGAGAAGACUACAAUCCGAGUUGGUGAUCGCUUCCAAACGGGGCUCCUUUGGCGCAACGACAACCCGCAGCUACCGGACAGUUUUCCGAUGGCGCUAAAGCGCAUGAAGGCGCUAGAGCGGAAGUUGGCGAAGAAUCCGGUUUUGCAGAAGAACGUGGAUGAGCAAAUCGCAGAAUACCAGCAGAAAGGCUACGCCCACGUCGCUACACCCAACGAGCUGAACCAAGCUGAGCCAGGCAAGAUCUGGUACCUACCCCUGAACGUCGUCAAGCACCCAAAGAAACCGGAAAAGGUCCGACUUGUAUGGGACGCCGCAGCGUCCGUACGAGGGAAGUCACUGAACACAGAGUUGCUCAAAGGCCCAGACCUUCUGACAAGCCUGCCAACCGUGUUGAGUCGAUUUCGAGAGCGCCCCAUCGCUUUCGGUGGCGAUAUUGCCGAAAUGUACCAUCAGCUGCAAAUUCAACCGAGUGACAAAUCUGCACAAAGGUUCCUGUACCGGCCCAAUGGAUCUAACCAGCCGGUGAUUUUCGUGAUGGAUGUCGCCACUUUCGGUGCGGCAUGCUCACCUUGCUCCGCCCAGUACAUCAAAAACAGGAAUGCGGAAGAGUACUCCGAGCAGUAUCCGGACGCGGUCCAGGCAAUCGUUGGUAGCCAUUACGUCGAUGAUUAUUUGGACUCGACGUUCACCGUUGGAGAGGCUAUCAAGCGUGCUAGCGAAGUAGCGUUCAUCCACUCCAAAGCUGGGUUUCAGCUACGCAAGUGGGUGUCAAACAGCACUGAGUUCCUGCAGCAUUUUGGAGUUCAAGUUGAAAGCCAGCUGGUACCCAUCGGCGGCGACAAGAGCAGCGGUAUGCAGCGAGUCCUGGGCAUGUCAUGGGACACGAUCGAGGAUGUGUUUGUGUUUGCCACCAACCUACGUGAGGACCUCCAGCCGUACCUGACAGAAGGAAUCUUGCCGACCAAGCGAAUCCUGUUGAGCAUCGUCAUGAGCUUCUUCGAUCCCCUCGGCUUGUGGGCGCUGUUUACCAUUUUCGGCAAAAUCAUCAUUCAGGACCUGUGGAGAAAUGGGUGCCCGUGGGAUCAAGUCUUGGACGAGAACUCGGCAGCAAAGUGGUUCAAAUGGAUCGCACUUCUACCGCGCGUGCAAGCUAUGACCGUCCCUCGAUGCUACUUCCUCGGAGCAAAGCUGUCGGACUACGUAAACCUUGAACUCCACGUAUUCACGGACGCAAGCGAGGAGGCUUACGGGGCCGUCGCGUACUUUCGAAUCUGGGUGCACGGUAAGCCGAAAGUAUCAUUGGUGACGGGAAAAGCAAAGGUGGCCCCGCUGCAGUACUUGUCGAUUCCUCGCCUGGAGUUGCAAGCCGGAACAUUGGGGGCUCGAAUGGCAGCAGCGAUCAAAGCGAAUCACACCCUUCCUAUUAGACGAACAGUAAUGCACACCGAUUCCGCGACGCUGCUUUCGUGGAUCCAGUCCGACCACAAGAAGUACAAACAGUUCGUGGCACACCGAAUCGGAGAAAUCCUCAGCCACACAGACGUGGACGACUGGCAGUUCGUAGCGACUAAGUUCAACAUCGCUGAUGUGCUGACCAAAUGGGGAAAACACGGACCACCACUGGACGGCGACAGCGAAUGGCUUGGUCCGGAAGAGCUGUUCAUACCAGAAGAAGACCUGAUCCUGCGGGAGCUGCCGGCGCCCAACGUCCGAGAAGAACUGCGAGCCUUCUACCUCUUUCACGAGAUUGAGUUCGCCUCGUGCCUCAUCGACCCUACUCACUUCUCACGAUGGAAGGUCAUGGUAAGAACCGUCGCCUGCGUGUUUCGGUUCAUCACCAAUCUGCGCCGGAAGCAGAAAAAGCAGCCAAUUCAGACACUACAAGCCACAUUCAACCUGGAACGGUCCGUGAUGCGGACCGAGUCGCUGGUGAAAGUCCCUCUUACCCGCGACGAAUAUCAACGAGCAGAGAACCACCUGUGGCAAGCUGCACAACAAGAAGGUUUUCCGGACGAGAAGAAGAUUCUGCUUAAGAACCGGGAACUGGAACAACAGAAGUGGCACUCCAUCGAACGUUCCAGCCCACUACACCGGUUAGCACCUUUCCUGGACGAGUAUGGAGUCAUCCGGAUGGAAGGACGUUCGGCCCACGCCGAAUUCUUACCCUUUGAACAGCGGUUCCCCAUCGUGCUGCCGAAAGGACAUGUCAUCACCAAUAAGCUUCUUGAUCUCUACCACCAGAAGUUCGGCCAUGCAAAUCGAGAGACGGUGGUAAACGAACUGCGCCAACGGUUCUACGUCCAGAACAUCAGAGCUGCAGUCCUGAAGGUGAUGCAGACCUGCACGUGGUGCAACAACAACAAGUGUCAACCAGCAGUUCCCAGGAUGGCCCCUCUUCCGGUGCAGCGCCUCACACCCCAAUUGCGUCCAUUCAGCUACGUAGGUAUCGAUUAUUUCGGUCCCGUAAUCGUCACCAUCGGCAGACGCGCCGAAAAGAGGUGGAUAUGUCUGUUUACGUGCCUUGUAACUCGAGCAAUCCAUAUGGAAGUCGCCCACAGCUUGAGCAGCGCGUCGUGUAUGAUGGCGAUCAGGCGUUUCAUCUGCCGGAGAGGUGCACCACUGGAGAUCUUCUCCGAUAAUGGCACUAACUUUCAAGCCGCCAGUAAGGAACUGGUCCAGAAGGUCAAGUGCAUCGAACUGGAAUGUGCGGACAUUUUCACAGACGCGAGGACUCGCUGGAACUUCAAUCCUCCGGCGGCGCCGCACUUUGGUGGAGUUUGGGAGCGGCUAGUACGAUCGGCGAAGGACGCACUCAAGGCUCUACACGAUGGAAAGAAGCUGACGGACGAGAUUCUUCACACCGUGCUGGCUGAAGCUGAGGACAUGGUGAACUCACGGCCCCUCACCUAUAUCCCGCAAGAAUCUGCUGAAGACGAAGCAAUAACGCCCAACCACUUCAUCCGCGGUCUUCCUGCUGGGGAGCGAGAGGAAGCCAACGUUCCGGCGAGCUCAGCAGAAGCACUGCGCGACAACUAUAAGCGGUCUCAACAGCUCGCGGAUAUGUUGUGGCAGAGAUGGCUGAAAGAGUACGUGCCCACCGUCAACCAGCGGACCAAAUGGUGUGCAGAACAAAAACCGAUCGAAGAAGGAGAGCUGGUUUACUUGGUCGACGGAAACAACCGCAGAACCUGGAUUCGGGGUAUCGUCGAGAAGGUCAUCCGAGGAGUCGACGGGAGACUAGCGAUACUGGAGUGUAGGAGUAAAUCUGACCAGAACCCUGGUCCUGGACCAGAGUUACGGGAGGGGGAGUUGUUGGCACCGCCGUUGGACAACACCGCUAAACGCACCGUGCCGACUCCGGCCGCUGCGCCGCCUGUCAACCUGACGUUGUCAGCCGACUGCGGAAGUACGAUUGACAAGAAGACCGCGUCGUCACAUUAA